UCCCCGCGUUGCACGGUUCUUGGCUCGCGUCCGAUUUAACUGUCUCCGCGUCUGACAUUUUUCUCCGGCAGGAACGUCACUUUUACGAAUGCUGGAACAGAAGAACAACGACAUCGUUUCAUGGGAAUGUUCACCGUGCUUCGCGACCACGUUUAUUCGUAGUGCGAAUGAAAUAAUUGACGAAUCAACUGAAUUCUCUACGAAAGAAAUUCUUCGAUAGUCAAUUGAAAUAUGGCAGAAUACUCGAGAGAACCAUGUCCUUGGCGUAUAAUGGACGACUGUGGUGGUGCAUUCACAAUGGGUGCAAUUGGCAGUGGAAUUUUUCAAAGUAUUAAAGGUUUUCAUAAUGCACCUGCGGGAAUAAAUAAACGACUUUUGGGAAGUGUGAUGGCUGUUAAAGAACGGUCGCCGAUUAUUGCUGGAAGUUUUGCAACAUGGGGCGUAGUGUUCUCUACAAUAGAUUGCACAAUGGUUCAUAUAAGGAAGAAGGAAGAUCCUUGGAAUUCUAUUAUCAGUGGUGCAGCAGCUGGUGGUAUAUUGUCGGCAAGAAAUGGUUUAGUAGCAAUGGCCGGUAGUGCAUUCAUAGGUGGGGUGAUAUUGGCUUUAAUCGAAGGUUUAGGGAUAUGUAUAACACGUUAUAGUGCAGAGCAGUAUAAGCCUCUCUCCCUCCCGGAUGAUUCAGUCAGCGGGUAAACAUAUUUUAGACACAUUGCAGACUAUGUUCAACUAAUUCAAUACAAAUCUUUCAUAUUCACUGAAACAAGUGUAAUUGAAAGAUUUGUGAUUGCUAGUAUAUAAAAUUUGUAUAGACAAUGGGAUAUAUUGACUUAAGAAAUAAUAAUAGUUUGUUUCUCAUUUAAUGUGAUUCCUUUUUGUAUUCUUUUAAGGACUGUUACAAAUUGACACAUCCAGUAAAUAUAAUAUAUUACCAGUACAAUAAAUUUAACAAUACACUAUAUUUAAAUGUAAUGCUUCUGUCGAAAGACUAUCUCUAAAAAAGAUUUAAGUUAAUGAAAUUUCCUGUCACAUAGAUAAAGUAUAUUAUUUAUCAUACUUGUAUUGUAAUUGUAUUAAAUAUUAUCUUCAUCUUCA